AUGGAUUGUGAUACUAAAUUGAGACAUUUAAGGAUUUCUCAAGAAAUUUAUCGUGAGAAGAUGGCAAUAGGAAUCAUAAAACACAAUUACCCAUAUUCAAUAGUAGAGCAUGAAGGAAUUAGGGAUGUCCACAUAUAUUUGAAUCAUGAAGUUAAGCCUUAUACUAGUAACACCGCUAAGGCGGAUUGCUUAAAGAUAUAUUAUAGGGAGAAGGAAAAGAUUAAGCUUGCUUUAGAGAGGGUUUCGGAUAGAAUAUGCUUGACUUUUGAUAUUUGGAGUUCUUGUACUACUGAUGGAUACAUUUCUUUAACGACUCACUAUGUUGAUGAGAAUUGGGAGUUACAAAGUAGAAUUCUUAAUUUUUGUCAUAUUCCUCCUUCACACUCGAGAGCUCUUUUGUUAGAAAUAGUGUAUGAUUUCUUAAAAGAUUGGGGGAUUGAAAAGAAAGUCUUCUCUCUUACAUUAGACAAUGCAAUCCAAGAAGGGUUAAAGGUUAGUAGCAUAGCUUUACAUAAAAUUCAUGAAAGUGUGAAAUAUGUUAAAGGAAGUGAGGCUAAAAGAAUCAAGUUUGGAGAACUUGUUAAAAAAAUUGGUGUGGCAAGCUCAAAAGGAUUACGAAUGGAUGUUCCCACAAGAUGGAAUUCCACUUACUUAAUGCUUGAAAGAAACUUGUACCUCAGGAAUGUGUGGAGAGUUCAAGUGCGCUUAUACGAAGAGAUGGAAAAUGAGGAUGAAGUUCUUAGUACCAUGGCAAGUCAAAUGAAAGAAAAGUUUGACAAAUAUUGGGACUCUUAUAGUGUUAUGUUAGCAAUUGCAGCAAUUCUGGACCCACAUUUCAAGUUUGAGUUUGUUGAGUUUUGUUACAAAAAAGUUGAUGGCCCAAUAGUAUCAAGAAAGUUGGAGUUGGUCAAGCAAGAGUUGUAUAAGCUUUUUGCUGUUUACGAGGGUCUAAGUUGCAAUGAGGUUCCUGUCGAUCCUUGGGAAUUUGACUACUACAAGAGUGACUUUAGUGCUACUAAGAAAUCCGAAUUGGAUACUUAUUUGGGAGAGGCAAGGACAUGGAUUUUUGGAUAUGAAGUUAAAGAAGAUGAAAUUGAUGAUGCUCAGCUUGUUGUGCCAUUAAGCCAAGUGCCAGCGGAGAAGGAGAUUACAGAAUCAGGGGCGGCUUCUAACGCCGUUAAUGUGUAA